AUGGUUGUUAUUUUAUUGCCGCUAUCCGUUUCACUGCUUGUUUCAACCCUCAGACUGGAUAUCAGGCCAGCUGCAAUAACUGCUUUUGACACUAUGAAUGUUCCGGAUUCGGAUCCCGAAUCAGCAUCCGAAACUAGUACUCCUGAAAAUCGCAUCAUUUUACGCCUUCUCUCGGCAAAUCGAAAUUUAACCUUUGCUGAGCAGAACGGCAUGCUGUUUGCUGAUUCGCUUCAGAUUACCUCACUUAACGGAAAGACGGCAAAACUGGAACUACAGUGCUUGAACGAUGUCUUGCUGAGUAUUACCGUGGAGAACGCAUCCAAAUCGUUGCUUUCCCCCUCACUGUGCCAACGAGAUAACUCUCAGCUCAGUGAGUUCACAGGCUAUUUGAUUAUAACUUAA